UCUGCUUUUGUAAUUUUGUUAAUUCUUUUUAUUUAUUUAUUCAUAUUGUUAAUUUAUCAAACCGACUCACAUAAAUUUAUCGCUAUAUAUACACACACUCUCUUUCUCUAUGUUGUUUAAGUUCUUAGUUUUUCUAUCUUGAAAAUUUGCUAUGGUGGAUCAUGAAAUCGUGUGCUGCAUGUGCGGUGAUGUUGGUUUCACUGACAAACUUUUCAAAUGUAACAAAUGUCGCUACCGAUUCCAACACUCUAACUUGUAUGGAGAAUUAAGCGAGAUAGAAGAGUGUGAUUGGUGCCAAAGCAAAGGGAAAAACAGUAUUGGCUCCAAGAAACCGGCGGUGACAGUGGCGAUCAACCGUAGUUCAGGAUGUUCUGGCGAGAAAAUAUUGAAGCAGCAUAAGGAGGAGAAGUGUUCGGAGAAGAGGAAGAGUAUGGUGCCGUCACCGAGACAAGGCACACGCAGGUAUAAGCUUCUCAAGGAUGUAAUGUGUUGAACAGAUCCAUCAUAGUAUUAGUAUUAGAUAGGGUGUACGUGACUUUUGUAUAUACAUCAACUUAGUGUUUAAUUAUAGCAGUACUAAAUCUAAGAGUAAUGUAUAAUUAUGUGUGUAUUUUAUGUUUUAUUUUCUCAUGUGAAUACAAAUUAAGAUCUAUAAUAGUAUCACUAUGUGACUGACUCCUGCUUCAAUGUAUCUCUUUAGUCUUU